UAUUUCCAUACUAUUUGUUCUGUUCCGUCAAAUCUCUCUCACUCAUUUCCAGUCUGGUCGGCAACGGAGCAACUUCAGGUGCUUCGCUUUCUUUACAGUAAUACACACACUGUUUCUCACACACGCUCCAUACUUCCAUCACAAUCUUUCUUGGUCAGUCUUUUUCAUUCUUCUUUCCCAAGAAUUUGUCUUUGUGAAAUUCUGUCUGUUUCUUGGGCGUCUGAUUUUCCAUGGAAAAGAGUGGUAUGUGUUCUGGUGGUAGUACUUCGUGCUCGUCGAAGGAAUUGCAACACUCUUAGAGGCGAAAGAAAGUGUUUUGGUGAAUUCCUUCUCGUUUUCCGUUGAUUUAAAGUCUUUUUACUUGGGAAAAGAAAAAGGGAACCCAGUAAAAUUAGGACUUCGACGCUUCAAAGGCUUUGCUUUCCACAAUGAUUACGGUAAUGGAUUCUGUUAAAGAGGUACCUGCAAGGAACUCAGACAAGUGCUUGGACUCUCAGCUAUGGCACGCCUGUGCUGGUGGUAUGGCUCAAAUGCCACCCAUUAACUCAAAGGUCUUCUACUUCCCUCAAGGCCACGCCGAACACGUCCUCUGCGGGGCCACAGACAUCGGGGAUUCUCGGAUUCCUUCGCUCAUUCUCUGCAGGGUCUCUGGUAUAAGAUACAUGGCAGACCCUGAGACCGAUGAGGUUUUUGCCAAAAUAAAGUUAAUACCUUUGAGAGACGGUAAAUGGGAUUUUGAGGAUGAUGGUUUUGCGGGAAAUAGUGGGAUUGAGGAGCAAGAAAAACCGGUUUCUUUUGCUAAGACACUGACACAAUCUGAUGCAAACAAUGGUGGGGGCUUUUCUGUGCCUCGUUAUUGCGCGGAGACCAUCUUUCCUCGCCUGGAUUAUAACGCGGAGCCCCCGGUUCAAACUAUUUUAGCAAAGGAUGUGCAUGGUGGGAUUUGGAAGUUUAGGCAUAUAUAUAGAGGGACGCCUCGCCGUCACCUUCUGACGACAGGGUGGAGUAGUUUUGUGAACCAGAAGAAGCUUGUUGCUGGGGACUCCAUCGUGUUUUUGAGAGCGGAUAAUGGGGAUCUUUGUGUUGGGGUAAGGAGGGCUAAGAGAGGAAUUGGUGGUGGUACCGAGUACUUGUCUGGGUGGAACCAAGAUGUUAAAAAGACUGGCUCUCCAUUUGGUGGGUACUCUGGGAUUUUGAGGGAGGGCGAGAAUAAGUUGAAUAGAAGAAAUUCUGGUGUGGAAUUGAGGGGAAGGGUUAGCGGUGAAUCUGUUGCGGAAGCUGCUACUCUUGCUGCUAAUGGGCAGCCAUUCGAGGUUGUGUACUAUCCGCGCGCAAGCACGCCAGAGUUUUUUGUCAAGGCCUCUGCAGUCAGAGCUGCUUUGCAAAUCCAGUGGUACUCUGGGAUGAGAUUUAAAAUGCCUUUUGAAACUGAAGACUCCUCCAGGAUAAGCUGGUUCAUGGGAACCGUAUCUUCUGUUCAGGUUGCUGAUCCUGUUCGUUGGCCUGAUUCUCCAUGGCGUCUCUUACAGGUAGCAUGGGACGAACCAGAUUUACUCCAGAAUGUGAAGCGUGUUAGCCCGUGGCUGGUUGAACUGGUAUCAAACUUACCAGUCAUCCAUCUCCCCCAAUUCUCGCCACCAAGAAAAAAGUUGCGGCUUCCACAGCAUCCAGAUUAUUCCUUAAUUAGUCAAUUUCCAAUGCCAUCUCUUUCCAGCAACCUCCUUAAUCCCAGCAGCCCCUUAAGUCGAAUAUCAGGCAAUAUUCCUGCAGGCAUACAGGGAGCCAGGCAUGUUCAAUUUGGACCAUCUUCAGGAGAUCUCCAAAGCAACAAAAUGCAGACAAGUCUGUUUCCAGUUGGUUUUCAGCAGCUUGAUCAUGCGGCUCCUCCACCUAGAGUCCCUUGUGGUAAGUUCAUGGAAGGCGCUGAUAAGAAUGAUUUAUCUUGCUUGCUGACAAUUGGAGGUUCCCCCCAGAACCUGAAGGAAACCAAACAAGUAAAGGCGCCCCACAUAGUAUUGUUUGGUCAACUCAUCCUGACUGAAGAGCAGCAGGGUUCUAAGAGCUGCUCUGGUGAUGCAACUGGAAACAGCUCAUCAGAUGGGAGCCCCGAGAAGAUGGCAAACUUCUCCGAUGGCUCUGGUUCUGUGUCACGGCUGAAUGGUUCGGUGGAAAAUUCUUCAGAUGGAGGGUCUCCCUGGUACAGAGAUCACCAAAAACACAAUCCUGCUCUUGAGACAGGUCAUUGCAAAGUUUUCAUGGAAUCUAAGGAUGUAGGUCGGACCACCCUUGACCCAUCACUUCUUGGGUCAUAUGAAGAGUUCCAUGGAAAGCUGGCCAGCAUGUUCGGCAUGGGGAGUUCUCAUUCGCUGAGCAACAUGCUCUACCAAGAUGCAGUAGGUGCUGUUAAUCACACUUGAGAUGAAACGUUUAGCAAAUUUGUGAUGACAGCAUGAAGGCUAACCAUUCUUACAGAUUCCAGCAGUGACAACAUAGGAAGUUAGAGGAGCAGCAUCAGUUUAUUGUACAGUUGAAUUGCCAAAUUUGUUUUUCUAUCUUCACCUAACUAUUGGAGAGGUGUGGAGGAAUCCAUCUUCAUCCAAUUUUGGAAUAUUGUAGCUUAAUUUAAGUUGUUUUCCUAUAAACUAGUUUUGUAAUGGUCUGAUAAUGCCAAAUUCGAUUAUGCAA